AUGUCGGCCUACGAACAGGCGGUGGCGGCCACAGAGUACCUGAAGGGUCGCAUUCAGAAUCGACCGCUGGUGGGCAUCAUCUGUGGCUCGGGGUUGGGCAGCAUCGCUGACCUGGUGGAGAACCCCCGGAUUGUCCGCUUCGAUGACAUUCCCGGUCUGCCUGACUGGGAGGUGAUUGGCAAUGAAGGAUGCCUUAUCUUCGGACGAAUCGGCAAUAAGCAGGUAGUUGUUAUCCAGAGACGACUGCGGACCUACGAAGGCCAUGAUUACAGCGUGAUGACCAUUCCGAUCAGGGUGAUGAAAUUGCUAGGUGCUAAGUACCUCUUUGUCACAUCGACCGCUGGUGGACUCAACAAGCACUACGAGGUCGGUGACCUUGUCAUGGUGAGGGAUCACGUGGAUUUUUCUUCGCUGGUCGGAAGAAACCCUCUGAUUGGUCAGCACGAUCCAAGAUUCGGAGAUCGAUUUCCAGCUCUCCAGGGAACGUACGACCGCGGACUACGUAAUAUCGCCGCAAAAUGCAUGGACAAGUUGAAGCUGCAAUCGGAAUUGUUGGAAGGCGUCUACUUCCACAUAGCUGGACCGGCCUACGAGACACCUGCCACGGCGCGGAUGCUGCAGCUUCUGGGCUGUGACGUGAUGGGUGACGGCAUGAGCGCCACCUACGAGGCCUGCUCGCGGGCCUGCGAGCACAUCCGCAGCCGGGUGCCCCACGUCCAGCCCCAGGUGGGCAUCAUCUGCGGCACCGGGCUCGCUCUCGGAGAGGAUGGGGUGUUUGUUUUUGGUCGAUUCGGUGGAAAGGAGGUCUGCGUGAUGCGAGGACGCUUCCACCCAUACGAAGGCCAUCCGCGUAACCUUUUGGCACUUCCCAUUCGCGUGAUGCAAAUGCUCGGCGUGAAGACCCUGUUUCUGACGAACGCAGCUGGAGGAGUUAACGAGACGUACGUGCCGGGUGAUCUGGUCAUCAUCAGCGAUCACGUCGACUUCUCCUCCAUCGUCGGCCUCAAUCCGCUGAUGGGUCCGAAUGAUGAGCGAUUUGGAACCAGAUUCCCAGCCAUGAUCGGAACUUACGACAAGCAAUUAAGAGACUAUGGCAAGGAGUGUGCAAGGGAAUUGAAAAUUGAUAAGCAAGUUAAGGAGGGCGUCUUCUUUCACAUAUGUGGACCGGCCUACGAGACACCGGCGACAUUUGAAAUGCUCAGGUCGCUGGGAUGCGAUGUCUACGGGAUGAGCACUACCCAAGAAGUCGUCACAGCCAAGCACUUGGGAAUGCGGAUCUUCGCGGUUUCUCUGAUCACCGACCCGGCGAUUCACGACAGCGACAGCGGAAGUGUCUCCAGCCGCGCAGAGAUGCUUCGAGUCGCCAAACUUCGCGCUCCAGUCAUGGCGAAGUUUCUUGGAGCGAUGCUGCAGAAGCUCUGA